CGACGUUCCUUUUUUGAUUUUCCAAUAUAGACGGUAGACAAAAUGGCACCCAACAAAGUUAUCAUAGACACAGACCCUGGCGUUGACGAUGUCAUCGCUAUGCUUCUUGCCUUUUCGGCGAAGCCAGAUGAGUUGGAUAUUCUCAUGCUGAGUUUGACGUUUGGCAACGUCGAUGUUCAAAGCUGUCUGAGAAACGUUGUAACGUUGUUCCACUAUAUUGAAAAAGAGAGAGCAUGGCGGGAGAGCCAAGGCAGACCGAAGGGCUUUGAGACCCUGGAUAUGCGGAAACCAAUCGUCGCUGUCGGAGCUACUAAGCCUUUGGCAGAGCAUAUGAUGGUCGCGGACUUCUUCCAUGGUAUUGACGGGCUCGGAGGUAUCCACAACAGCCAUCCUCACCUCAGCCCUGCAGAAACAUGGAGGUCCCUCUUCAAGCCUAUUCCAGAGAAUCUGUCCCCUGAGGAUGCAGCUGAGCUGCAAGCUGUCAAGGAUCAACAUUCGCUUUUUGAGCCAUCUCUAAAGCCUGCUCAUGAGCAAAUGCUUGAGCUGCUGCGGGACAAUGAGCCGGACACGAUCACCAUCGUAGCUGUUGGUCCGCUUACGAACCUUGCUCUGGCGGCUGCUAAGGAUCCUGAGACUUUCCUGAGGGUAAAGGAAGUCGUUGUCAUGGGUGGUGCAAUCGAUGCACCCGGGAACAUGACACCUGGUGCCGAGUUCAACACGUACGCAGACAGUGUAGCCAGCGCUCGCGUCUUCGCCUUAACCAAUCCCAACCCACAAACGACUAUGCCCCCAACCCUAAGCGGUAAGGGCCAGCUCCCGCCAUACCCCGAGAAGCUGUCCCGUCCACUGAAGCUGAAGCUAUUCCCACUUGACACAACAGAGCAACACAUGCUCCCACAAUCGCUCUACACUACCCACACGACCCACUCGUCCCUCAUUAACUCCCCUCUCACAGACUGGUCCACACUUUUUCUGCUCACUACAUUCAAGAAACUCCUCUCCCUGAAUCCCAACCAAGACGCCUCCAAGCUCGGUCUCCAACUCCAUGACCCGCUGUGCAUAUGGUACGCCUUGAAUACAACCCGCUCGGGAUGGGAGUUCAAGACCGAAGAUGUGAGGAUUGAAACAGCCGGACAGUGGACGAGGGGGUGUUGUAUUGUUGAUCGGAGGGGCAGGCCGGUGACGGAGCGGACGACUGAAUUAGAUGACGAGGUGGUGGGAGAUGCAGGAUGGUGGGGAGACAGUAGGAGGGGAAACAGAGUGAGCUGGUGUACAAAUAGUCCAGGAACGGAGGCUUUCGCACACGAGCUACUAGAGAGGGUUUUUGGGAAGAUCGAGUAAAGAGUUUGGAUGGGAAAGAACGGCACGUAAGGAUACGGGAGGCUGCUCUUGCAUCGAGAAUGGGCCUUUUUUUUUACCCAUCAAGGCUCCGUCGAGUGUGAAGAUAUGCGUCCUUUGCGGGAUAAGUAAACCCAUAUGCGUUGCCAUGCGGCAAUUUCGAGGCUUCAUCCCUAAGAUCUAGGAUGUAAUUGUCAACGGUGUGAGCGA